CGGGAUGGGGUCCUAGGUCCGAGCCGAAAGGUGCCCGCUGCGCCCACCUCUUCCUUUGACAGACGCGGAAACUGAGGCUCAUAGUAGAAAGGCCUUCUUUAGCCCCAUUUUGGAGGGUCUGCCUUGGUCUGAAGCUGGAAGAUGCUUUUUACAGAUAGGGAAACUGAGGCCCAGAGAGAAGACGGUGACUUGCUCCCAGUCAAACAAGUAGGAAGUGUCCGAAUCGGGAUUCGCACUCAGGACUCUGUACAUUAAGAAAAGGCCUUGUGCAGUGUACCAUGGCUUUUGAACCCUUCCCUCGAAAGGACUGGUACAGUGUUCUGGGUGCAGACCCAUCAGCAAGCAUGAAAGACCUGAAACAAAAAUACCAAAAGCUUGUUUUAAUGUAUCAUCCCGACAAGCAGAGCGCAGAUGUGCCAGCAGGAGCCGUGCAAGAGUGUGUGCAGAAGUUCAUCGAGAUUGAUCAGGCGUGGAAAAUUCUAGGGAACGAAGAGACCAAAAAAGCGUAUGACCUGCAGCGGCGCGAAGAUGACCUAAGAACUGUGGGACCCGUAGAUGCCCAAAUAUAUCUUGAAGACAUGUUAUGGAAUAAAGAUGAUCAGUGUUUUACUCUCAGUUGCCGAUGCGGUGGAAAAUACUGUGUUUCCAAGGAUGAAGCUGAAGAAGUUAACCUGAUCUGUUGUGAUACAUGUUCACUAAUUAUAGAAAUUGUUCAGCACAGCUGAGAUUGUUCAGUACACGGAACUAUAAAACUCUUAUGUUCAGUCACGUUGGGGAGGCAGAGGCUUUGUCCGUUGGAGAAAACAUCGAUUUCAAAUAGAGCUGAGAAAAGAAGUGGGAGUCCUUUUGUCCAUUGGAAACGCUGCUGAAACGUCAACUCAAAUACUGUUUUCAGAGUUUGCCAAGAAAAUGUAAAAUUGGCAAGCAGAGCCCACCCCCUGUAUUAACAAAACAUGAAUUUAGUUACUUGGUGAAUUCCCAUAGUUAGAAUUUUGGUGCCUCAUUUUGUUCUCUCUUCUCUAUGAGUAGAAAACAUUGUCUUCUGAGAGCCCAGAAAUAAAUGAAAGCAGAGGCUAUCAGGGAGUCUCUUGUAGUUGGGGCUUCACUCUGGGAAUCCAUGUACCACGGAUCUAGAACUUCCCUCUACUUAACUCACAGGGCAAUUAUAGGGCUUAAUGAAGUGUGGAACCAGACAUCCUACCAGGGGAAGCUCUAUAUUCUUUGCAUACAAACAUUUUGUAAAUACAACUUGACCCCAGUUUUCUGAUUUUGAAGAUCUGAUUAAUGAAGCAGCAUAAUGUGGUUAUAAAGGACACUAGACGCAGAUCAUAAAACCUUAGGCCACUUUUACAAGAUGUGUGGCCAGUUACUUAUCAUCUCCGAGACCAUUUCCUUAUUUGUAAAGGGCUUAACAUUAGCACAGUGCUUGGCUCCUAGUUAUCUUUUUAAUGUGGAUGCUUAUUUCUUCCCUUUCCCCAUAUGGACAAUACUAUCUAUCUUACCUACAGUAGUGGUGGGUUUAUUUUUUAAGCUCAAAUGAUAUAAAGUAAUGAAAGGAUUUUUAAAACUGCAAAUCACUUCAUAAAUAUGAGGUAUUUUUAAUAUCCCUCUCUUCCAUGCUGGAAAAAAUGGGCAUAAGCAUGAGCAAAUUGGGUUAGUAAAUAAGAAUAGAGUAAAAUCCCAUAGAGAUAUAGUUAUAUCUGUCUCUAGUUCUAUGAAGUCAAGCAAAGGAUUGGUUGGUUUUUCCCUUCUUUAGGGUGGGGAGACAGUCAUCUAUAGUCAGGAACCAGCCCACUGCAUCCUAACAGACGACAUUGUAGUAUGGAGCACCAAUCCAAUCCAGUCGUGCAAUUUAGGUAAUGGGUAUUUAUGGUUUUGAUAAAUCAUUUUAAAUUGGAUUUUUUUUUUAAUUAUAAAAAACAUAGCAUUCCUGCCUAUUUCUGAAUCUUGAAUACAAUGUUAUUGGUAUCUUGAAACCAAUAUUUUCCUAUCCUAUUUCGGACUUUAUAAUUGUAAAUUUCAUAGAUGUCACUGUAACCAUUAAAACAGUUUUAUAUUUCUCUAUAUUUAGUGUUCUGUGUGUAACACAGGUCAGAUCUCAUUUUGGAGAACCCCAAAGGAUUGCUGAAAUUCUUUUGUUCUUUUUGUUGAGUAAGUGGGCCAAACCUGGGACUUGGCAAUCUUUAUUAUGGGAAGUUUCUGUUGUAGCCAGAUUUGACCUGUAAUUAAAAAUAAAUGGUCACCACCCUCAUAGUUAGUGUAGCCAAACCAAAGCAUAAUUGAGAAGGAAGAAUAGAAUUUCUUUGGCUGGGUCUAUAAAACACAUAAAGUGUGUUUCACAACUGGAAAAGUAUUAAAAAAAAAAAAAAA